GCAGAAGAUGGCGCCCGCAGCAUUUCCGGCGCACCGAGUGUCCAAAUUUACUCACUCAUUUUCACCCGCUCAUAAAGUGGACUACGUUAGUGAACUAAUGUAGGGAAUAGUGACUGAGGGUAUAGUGGGCGAUUUCGGUCACAGCCUCAAUAAUAUAUAAACGCAUAAAUAAUAAUCAAAAACGUACGCUCUGAUGUACCGGUGCACGGCACGCGCGUGUUGACGUCACGCCGAUGGCGUCACCGCAGCGAGCCCAGCGUCCCUAUCAAAGUUUUAAGUGAAACAUGAUUGCCAGUCUGAUCUACAUCGUGCUGUUUCCUUUGACGAGGCUGAUCGGACGCGUCUCAGGACUGUGGCGGACGACACCGUGUGCGUACAUUAAUGGCAGAGAGGUUGGGGAUGUUUGUGGAGCUCCUUACAGACGGCUUCCGGAGCUUAAGACGGAUCUGUUACAGCACUGCAACCGCACAACGCGCAUCAUUCCCGGCCCAGAAGGCACGGAGAGGGAACACACCUGUGGAAUGGCGCAGGGACAAGCUCCUCCGGACAGCGAGGAGACGGUAGGUGAAACGCAGAGGAGGCGAGAGGACGAGCUGGAUGAGGAGGUGAUGUGUGACGACACGCAAUCAGUGACGGAGGAGAACACCAGUGAACACAAGUGCCGCUCAGAACUGGCGGAGGGUUUGGAGGACAUCAAUGAUGUGGCUUUGAUGGCAACAGAAGCUGAGAUCACAGCAUCAUCAGUGGACGGUUGUGAGGAAAUAACUAGCGACUGUGCCGCCGUGGUCAAUUUCAUCCAAGAGCCUCCGCACAGCCUGGAUGACACGACCUCAGCCGAGAGCGAACCGGACCAUGCUGUUGUGAGCAGCGGGUCUCUGGAUCUAACAGCAAAACUUCACGUAAGUGAUGAAGGAACGGAUGCGACUGCUGAAACAGACUCCCACAUGCGUGAAGAUGAUGAUGAUGAAGAAGAACAUCCCAGGGCUUGUUACUCUGAAAGUGAAGCUCAGUUCAUGACCAGCCAUCCCGUGUUUGAUUUGAGGGCGCUACUUGUGGAUUCUCACGGCAUUCAGACAGCAAAAGAGCCCAUCGGUUGGCAUUUUCCAACAGGUUUGGGACUGUCAGACGUGUGUUUUUGCCCUUAUGUGCAGUUUCCGGCACUCAGCUACUAUCCUGCGUUUCAAGACGAUAACAAUAUUGAAGUGACGUGGAGGCUAUGGGAGGACCUGAGUGAAGCCUGUGGUGAGCCGUGUGUGGACCUCUUUGAAUUCAGCAUCAUGUCUUACAACAUUCUGGCUCAGGAUCUGCUGGAGGCUCAUCCAGAACUCUACACACACUGUCAGGGGGAGAUGUUGGUGUGGGAAUACAGAUUUCAUCUCCUCCUGCGGGAGCUGCGCGUCUGGAUGCCUGAUAUUCUGUGUCUUCAAGAAGUUCAGGAGAAUCACUUUCAGGAGCAGAUGUAUUCUGUCCUUAUUGAGAUGGGAUACACCUGCAUCUAUAAGCGACGCACCGGUAGCAGAACGGACGGCUGCGCUUUGUGUUACCAGAGCGAGCGUUUUACUCAACUCUCCGUCAACCUGCUUGAGUUUUACCGACCCGACUGCGAGCUGCUGAACCGUGACAACGUGGGCAUUGUGUUGCUCCUUCAGCCAAUCACAGAGCAGGGGGAAGCUCUCAGUCCCAUAUGUGUGGCAAACACGCACCUGCUGUUUAACCCCAGGAGAGGUGACGUGAAGCUGGCACAGCUGGCCAUCGUGUUGGCUGAGAUUGACAUGAUGAUGAAGAAAUGUGAAAGUCAAGGUAGAAGUUGUGAGGUUGUUCUGUGUGGAGAUUUUAACGCAUUACCCAACUCACUUCUGCUGAAGUUCAUCACCAGCGGGGAGCUCUACUACCUUGGCUUACCUGCCUGGAUGGUUUCAGGUCAGGUGGAUUUGUCUAGUAAAUUUCAUCAAAGUAGGAUUUUCGAGCCGCUGUGGCCGGACAAACUCGGCAUCAAUGAAAACUGUCAGUAUGCGGUUUAUUCUGACCCGAGGACCAGCGGCCCAGAGAAAUUGCAGUACAGUCAUGAUUUUCUUCGCCGGCUGCAAUUCUGUCAGGCGUCAUGUGUGCGACCACCAGACUUGGACUUUAUACCUGGAGUCACAGACAAUACACCAGACCCUGACGAGAUCCACAUGUUAAGUUUCAGGUUCAGACACACUUUAUUUCACGGUCUGAAACUGACGUCAGCCUACCCUCACACCCAUCUCAUCACUCACAACUGUGUGCUCACCACACUGAACUCAGAGGGAGGAGCCAUGGUGGACUACAUCUUCUACUCCACUCCGACACACGACGCUGCUCACGUGAAAGAGAGAGGUGGUGGUUUGAAGCUACUCGGUCGUCUGUCAUUGCUGUCUGAAGAUCUUCUCUUGUCACUCAAAGGACUUCCCAAUGAAACGUUUCCUUCGGACCACCUCAGCCUACUCGCCAAAUUUCAGCUCUCUUGAGUAUUUCUCCGCUCUGUUAAAUAUUUUCUGGCUCUGUUGAGUACUCAAUGGCUGAUUUCUGCCUAGUAUGUCUUUACCCUGCUGAGUAUUGCUGGACAUGUUUGAGUUUUCACUGCACUUUUGAGUAUUUGUCUUCACUCUGCGGUAUUUCUUGACAUUUAUUUCUCUGCACUUUUGUGUACCUCUUGACUCUUUUGAGUACGUUUCGGCUGUGUUGGGUAUUUAUCUGCUCUGAUUAGUAUUACUCAUUAUUUUGAUGAGGAUUCUCUGUUACGCUUAGUAUUUUGUGGCUUUGCUGCCUAUUUCUCAGCAUUUUUGACCAUGUCUUGGCUCUGCUGAGUAUUUCUUUGCACUUAAGUAUUUUUCACCUCUGUUGGUUAUUUGAUGGUUAAGAACCAUGGUUAAGUGUGUAUGUCACACACUAAAUACAGUCAACACCUCUGAUUGUAGUUGACUUUAGUAUUUGGUGAUUGUUAUUUUUAGAUUUAAACCAGUGAUUCAUUACUAGAUUACGAGAGAUUUAUUUCACAUCCUUUUGUUUUAUUUGCAAUACUGGAAAAUGUAAGCAAACCGUAUGUACAUCUUUUUUUAUGAAAAUGCGGUAAUGGUCCAUUUGCUCAUUUUUGUGUUGAAUUAUUCUGAACAUUGUUGUUUUCACUUUGAAUUUCUAUUGUAAAUGGAGCAAAAUAAAUGACUUCAUGUCUG